CAUUUAAUUAUUAGUGGACCAAACUAUUGCUUCAAACCAUAUUAUAACUCGUGAGUACUAAUUAAUUAUUGUUUACUAUCGCUCCCUAGAAUAUUUUCCGAAAUUGAACUGUGCCAUAUUAUAAAGAAUCCUUUCGAUAAGGAUUAAUUGUCGGCUUCAUUUUCCAAAUAAUUAUAAACAACUCCUCUAGGUACAACCCUCUCCCCUCCCUUGUGCCGCGAUGAAUUCUACAACACCUAAAACCAUCAAGAAGAAUCGCCACCGCGCUGGGAAAAAGAAAAGAGCAAAAAUCCUCAAGGCUCAACAAAAAGCCCUAGAGCGGGCUUUCGAGGAGAUUGAGAAUUUCGUGGGCUACCCGCUGGAACACACCCCCCUUCCUCCUCCAGUCACAGACGCUCCGCCAGGAAGAGCAAUCUCUUUCCUUGAUCUGUUCCAAGAAGACACCGUCCCUUUGGAAAACUAUAACCAGUUAACGUCUAACGCGCCCGAAAUAAUCACGCUUAGCGAUUCCGAUCACGAUUCUCCGGAGUUGGAACCUUUAGAUCCAACUGCGGAAUACCAUAGCGAUGCAGUAGCACAGAUUAUUAUAUUUCCUCCAGAGAAUUAAAUAAUACAUGUAAUAAUCCUAUACGUUGUUUUAUUAAUAAAUAUAUACAUAUAUAUAUA